AUGAAGUUGUUGGAGGUUUCCGAGCAAGAGGUAAAGACAACAAGCGAGAAUCGCGGUUACAAUAUUGGCGUGUAGCAAAUUGGUUUUGCAUAAUUUUUAAGGCUCUAACUCACGUACGCACAUGCUGUAAUGCCCAUUUUGGAUGCAUCCAACAAAUUGUCUUUAUCGUGCUCUACAUGUUUAUGUCUCGUUUUCGCCCACUUUAGUCUGCCCAACGUGAAGAGAGCUACGAGGAGACUAUUCGUGAUUUGACUGAACGACUAAAAGCCGUAAGCUUUCGACCGCAAGCAAGACUGCACGGCAUGAAAUACUGCAUGCAUCCUGUCUCCUUCCAUCGUAGUCAGCUCGGGAUGAUACCUAGGUGGGCGGGUGAUGAGGGCUUAGUGAGCGCCUAGUUCUCGGCGUCAGAAAUUAUGGGUUCACUCAGCCAGAGGCCGACUCAUGAGAGAAAUUGCAUACUACUAUAGUCAGACUCUUUAUAGACUGACUUUCACGCUAGAAGGUUGUUAUCGUUAUUUUCAUUUGUUUUACAUGCAUUGCUCUCCUUUACUCCCGCAUGCACCGCCAAACUGCCUUUGCAUUACGACCGCCGCUUUCUGGGUCGCGCUGCCUUUCUCGUGCAAAUCGGUAUGCAGAAUGUAGAAUUGGAGGAAUUUUACAGUAAACAACGCAGCCUUUUAACGGAGCAGUUAAACGAGGUGAGCCACCUAACCUGGAGGAGUCCUAUUACCGGUUGCCUCCGCUCUUGAGUGUCAAAUAAGAGAUUACUUGACUUUUUCGGAUGAUUUUUGGUAUGCUACUUUUGGACAUUGUCGGUAGUGACCUAAUGUGUGCACCUGAUUGCCAAGUCGAGUCUGGACAAAGGUGGCCUUCUAAAAACCGCCAAACCCGUUUAUCGCAUAUUAUCGUCUAGUUGGGAUGUCGGAUGUCGAAAUUUGGCCAUCCACUUGUUGGAAUUACUUUUAUCCAACAGAGCUCCGUUUCUUGUCUUGGAGGCAGAUGACUUCGGGAAGUCCCCAGCGGAUUUGUUUUACAUCUGUUUUGAGUCUUCAUCUAUGGAGUCAUACGAUGACCCGUUUUAUUGUCAUCUGUCAGUGACCUUGUCCGUGGCAACACUGAUGACAUCGUCAGCAGCUGGCUCAUGACACUGUCCUUGGCCAAAUCACUCUUUGAGCCACUCGAUGUUGUCUUUUUCAGCCCAUCUAGCAGGCUACGUUCCAUUGUUCAGUUACUCCAUGCGUGUGCGCCUCUGAUGCCCAAUGGCGUUCUAGGAUUAAUAAGCGAUCUUAGAAGUACGCAGUUCCUUUAGUGGGUGGCAUACCGACUGAUAUAUACCAAACUGGUUACAUUUAUCAAGUACAGUGCUUUAGCAGGGUAGGCUGGCAUGUAUUGACCUAUGAGACAGCCUGAACAUUUUAUCGGUGCACAGUGAAAGCGACAGAACACCGCGUUACAAGUUGCUCUGGCAUCCGCCUUAUGGACUCAGCCCUAAAAAAUUAUGCAACCGUCCUCCGGAGAAGGAACCAUAACGGGACCGAUGUGAACAGGUUUUCGAGCAGACAAUGGACACGUCGAUCGCAAUGUGACCUUAACGCACACUGUCUUUCCACUUUUUUUUACUGGUAGCUGACUGAUCUCUUCUUUAGCGCUUUAAAAAUGCGUCAAAUUAUCGCUGAUUGUUCUGAUUCUGGCUUGCUACUAAUCGACAGGAACCUAAUCCCGAAGUCGAGGGUUUUUGUGACUCCCUCGCAUGGCACGUCUAUCAUUUUUCAGGCCCUUCCAGUUCGAUACAUGGCGAGACGUUCCGCGUCUUGAAAGUUUCACUACCUUCCAGUCUUGCUAACGUAAGUUAUGCCGGCGAGGUUACAAUGCAACCUAUAGAGGACAUUAAGAAAAGUGAGCGAAGUUUGCAACUUCCUCGGCCAGCCAUCAACCUUGCAAAGACUUGCUUUCAUUAUUUGCGUUCCUGACGCAAAUAAUUUGCCCCUUUUUCUCUUCUGUCAACAAGUCAAGGAAAUGGACUGCUUCGAGUAACUUAAAGUCACCCCUUCAGACGGAAAAGUACGGAGUUGAAUUCACGAAAAGCCAAUCGAGCCGUAUUUAAAUCAUCAUCAUAACCAAAGUCGAAGUCUUGAAAGCUUUUGCGCUCACACUGCUUAUGUUCAAUUGAUAUCUGCAAUAGUCGGGCCACUGCUGUUUUCGAUGUGUUCUAGCCAUACGCUACGUCCAUCACAUUACAAAUAACGGAGUCCGUUCCUGUCGUGCCGGCCUAAAAGGGACCUUAGGUCGUCCAAGUUUACCCUGUUGCGGCAACCGAAUGAUGCCACUGCUUCCGCUUGGAGUCAUCAACCGACCGCCAGUGAAGACGACUUCAGGCGGCCAGAUGUGAAGUAUUGUUUAACACUUUUCGCAAGGUCAUUGAAAAUGUUCUCAGAUCGGCAAUAUACGUUGCCCAACAUCAAAAAUGGCCCUUCACUUCAAAGCGUGUAAAAGUCGCCAAGGGCGCCCUUAGGUCCGACUUACUCAGUAGUUAUCGUGGCCGCAAGCAAAAAUAAGAGUUCAUGCCUCCACCUUCUGAGCUUGUUAGCCAGAGUCGCCUACUGCUUCUAACCGCAGUGAAGUAAGAAAUAAAAGUGUCAACCGCAUACCUCCAACUUAACCCUGUGAGAGCUAAGUAGGGUCAAGAAUUGCAUCGAACGUAUUUCGUGACAUUUGGUGACGAAUAUGACGACACUCAUUCUUCUGCAAUAUACCUACUUGAAGAUUUAAUUGGAUUUAAUUUGGGAUAGUUUGAACUUGCAUAGUCUACUCACUCUGUGGAUAGAGGGCCGGUGUUCUGAGUCGAUCUUUUACACAUCGCUUUCAUACAUAGUACGUUGGGGGCGACUGACUUUCUCUGGAGUAGUUUGACAGUCCUCCUCGUUUGCCGUGCUCUUCGAUCAUGCCCAAGGCUCCGCACAUGGACAAUUAACGUCCACAUGAAACAAUGCCUGCGUCCUUUUCCAUUGAGCAUGUUACUAAUGAGUAUAGCGUGUCCGCCAGCCUCGCUGCGCAUGCAUAAUCUACCCUCCUCGAACUUCACAUAACGCGCUAAUUCCCAAUUUUGCUGCCAGGCCGAACAGAGAGCUGCUGAGGCCGAUCGCCAGGUUUCUAAGCUCCAGAACGAAGUUGAUCGGCUCGAGGGUUUGUUCAUUCAUUCUUCAUUUUGCGUGGUUUUAUUCUUUGUUUAUCCUACCUGUGCAUGCCUUUGCUCAUUUCGAAUUUUCUGCCCUUCUGCCUCGACCGUCUGCUCGUGUUUGCAUCUUCUGCACGUCCUUCCCGCAUGACACUGGCCCUCUCACACUCCCUUGUUCAAGGCCCUUAUGCGGGCUGAAGCUGCUGAGGCUGCCUCCAGGCGCUACGAACAAGAGAUCCAGCGAGCGAACGGUAAGUUUUAUUCUUUUUUUCUGCACAUUUCGACCAUGUUUUCGAAUAACACUUUGUCGCCGGCCGGGGCGAAAAAGAACGCGUGUAUCUAACCCUUAAGAUGGAACCAGAUCAGUGGAAGUUCCUCCCACGUGACCUAGGAUAACGCCUAUUAAAUCUGACAUAGCUUGAACCUUUGACUUAAGUCGUAGAAGCGUAAAUUCAACGAGUAACUAAGACGGACAUCAAGUCAUCGGUCAUACCGGGCCAGUUGCAGUUUAAUUGGCUAAUGGCAACUAAACCGGAACCGAUCAGGCCAUUGACCCCUUCUUUUUCGGCAGUACUUCUCGAGUUUUAACAGCUGUGACCGCCCGCAAGUACUGCGGAUCGCUGCUCGAAGUCAAAACGAAAUGCCCGUAUCUCGUCCUGUAAUCAAACCAGGUCGUUGAACGCUGCUCCUUAAAUUCAUAUUUCCGUCAUGGGCAGAAUGGGUCAAACGUCCUCAAGCAACUAGAAGCUGGUCCGGUUUCAUACCUGCCCCACCUUCACUCACCUCCAACACUAAACUGCGCUUGCACCCUCAGGAGUAAUGUAGAGAAGGCCGGCUGCCUGUGAACAAGUCUUACGAAAUUACCGCCACAAGUUUUCCUUUACCCAAUCCAAGCGAACAUCCGCACGGAGUGAGACCACUCCAGAACGGAUAGCCGCGAAGUCGACCACGAUAACCCAUCUAAAGGGCAUUCGUUAAUAGAAGUCACAGCAGUUCCUCCUUAAGACCGACACGGCACCCCAAAUUCUGGUGUCAUGACUGUCGCUGCGUCUUGUCCCAGGUUAUGACGGUCGUGCCGAGACCUCUCGUGUUAAACAACUGCGUUGUCGAUGGUUUUUGGUGUGAGGGUGAUCCGUUUUGCAUAGUGGCCAGUCGCUCUCUCCACCCUUCCCCACUUAAAAUGAUCGCUGUCGGAUUGGUUUGCAACACUUUACCCUUCGGCAGCCUGACUCCGCGCAAAAUCGAUGCGAGUGACAGUGUUGCAUGGGGGACUGCGGUGUAUUGUCAGGUUGCGAGUUCUCAGCCAAUCAAAUAUUAGGCUCUGGCAACACUCGACACCCGGCACGCGGAGACACGCGCCUGAAUUUACGAUCGUCCGUUGCCUUCCAUGUGCCUGCAUGCUUGUGUGUGUAUCCACGUCGCGCGCGCGCGCGCUAGCCAGGUCCGCCCAUAAGCCAAAAGGAACACGAAAUUCGGCUAAAUUAUCCGCAUGUGAUCGGUACGUGCGGUCGCAGCCAUUGCGUUUGCAUAGUCCGUAUGAACACUGGGGUUACGCUGUUCUCUUCCAUCGAAUUAAUCUACGCACAUGCCCUCCCUGGCCACCCCCUCGGCCAUUGACUUCCCUCUCCCCCUGGCCGCAUACACAGAUGUAGGUAGCUGACUACCCCGUCUAACCUUCCUGCAUGUUUGGUAUGCAAGCGCACUUGCCCGUUUUUACGGGCGUGAACUACUGAAAUUGGCGUCUGCGCUCAUAAGGUGGGACGUCUACUUUAUAUCAAAGGAACUCAUCAACGUAGUCUUGUGUGGCCAUUAUGUGGUGGCUUAGUUUGGAGGGUAAAAGGGUAGCUGUCAUUGUUAAACUGACUAUUUUGCAGAUGCGGCUCCUUUUUAAUGUGGCCUUUAUGGCACUCCCAUCACAGUGUGGGAUCCGAGCCAGGCGUUGGCGGCACGCCCAGGUGCGGUUUCGGCCGUGCCAGCCUCCAAAUCUCUGUUGUGUUGGUUGAAAUCCUGGUUAUUGUUGUGUGGACCAGGGGGUGUGGUGGAACGCCAAGGUGAGGAUCCGUCCGAGCCAUCCACCUGCGGCCCCCCUCGUCCCCGGUUUUCUUGACUCUGUCUUGACACCGGGCUCGGGCGAGGGAGGAGGAGAGAGUGUAGGUAGAUGCUACGCAAGUCUACCGGCACUAUAAACCCCUGCGCAAGUCACCGUCCCUGCUCCCAUCGCUGCUGCAGCUGUGGGGCACACGGUGGACAACAUCGAAAUCGAUGGUCGAACUGUCAUUUUGCAGAUGCUGAAAAUAUUCUUGUACACAACCAUUCAAAAGUUAAGAAGCAGACCUUCAUAAAGCCGCUUGGGAAUGAUUUUAGCUGAUAUAUUGAGAUUCAGGACAGAAUGCAUACGUUUUUUUGCCUUCUGACCGCCAAAGAGAGCUCCAGCACGGAGCUCCAAGGCAAACUGGAAUACCCAUGUUCCCUCCUGCAAUUAAGCGGUGUCUCGGGGCCCAGUUUCGGUAAUCGGAGAGAACUGCACAUCGCAAACUGAACAGGUAACACAGCCUCACUAUGCCAAAGUGGACACAGUCCCAUAUGGACGGCACUCUCAGAGUUUACUGGCUACAUCUUCUUCUGAUCCGAGAUUUGAAAGUUGAAACCGUUCACGCAGACCGGAGCAACGCUGCCAGCGCACUGAUCUUCAAAAAAGCGGAGGGCCAUUGUGCAAGAACAGUCCGACAUUAGCCUCACUGUAAUUGCCGCAAAUGUCUUUGCAGCCGACCUUAAUCGUUUCUGGAUGUGCCGCGAUGCAUGAACAGGAAGAAAUCAAUGCAAUUUUCGGACGAGUUAGGAAUAUGUUGAUCGGCGUCUUUCCCCUCAUCGAACUCUCAUCCACCGUCUCUGCUACCAACGACCCAACAUCGUUCUGCGUUCAGCUCUGUCUACGGGGAUUCCCCGUGGUCUAUUAUGCUGCAUAAUGGUAUGCUACCUGAAUUACUCUGCUUGACUUACGUCCACAGACCAAAGUCCGUGUGGAUGGCGAGGAGGAUGGUCUCGUUAGUGGCACAUUUGAUGUCUUUCCGGGCUGUGUUCUCUCAUCGACUCUAUUCAACAUCCUUAUAAACUGGGUUCUUCAGCAUGUGCUUGCAGACCACUCCGGUGAUAGUGUGGGUCGGAGUCCUUGUACUGUGUAUCUGGACUGCACUAAUGUGGGACUGACUCGCUCGUCCGAAGAAAUGUGCGUUGUCUUAGGCAGGUGCAAAGGCAGCCCAAGUGUGAAUGGAAGUCAGCUCAUAGUUGAAGGUGGUCGCCUGGAAUUUCACAGUUCCGUAUAUCUACAAGCUCUCGGUAUAUGUUUAAACUUUUGGACUAUUAAACAGUUUCUGCCAACUUUUUCCCAACUUUCCGCCAAACUAGCAGGAUAAGUGUAAUCGACCGUAUGUUCAACCAGCUGUGCUCGUCGUUUGGCCACGUCCGGACCUCCUGAACCCGCAUGAAAUAAGUCUGAUGACCGGGCUGUGAAAAUACGAGUCCGCGUCAAGGCAAUCUUUUCACCUGGAUGUGAGGCGUGACCUGCGCGCUCGGAAAAUAUACCUUGUCUGGAUAUAUCCGGUCGGUGAUGCCUGCGCCCCAUCCUCCGAAUUCUUCUCCGAUCGGCAUUUUUGCGAACAACUGCGCAGUUAGUUGCGGACGUAACUCAUUGCGCCCUCCUUACAUGGUGACUGCCACGGGUCAGCUAUGUAUCACUCCGACCAGAUGGAAAAGUCGUCGGAGACGGUACCUCGCCCGAAACCGAUCCCGGCGGGCAACGACCUUGGGUGGCCAACCAUAAGGACGGGUGAAUGUGGUGGGCGUUGAUCCUGAGCGCUGCGAUAUUUGGUUUGCGUGGCGGCGGGCGAGCUGACUCUGCUUCGGUUGGUAGUCGACUGCCCGUUGUCAGGAAUAAAAGGCCAUCAUUCCGAAACAUGGAGACGGCUGAUCCAGCUAUGAUGGACAUCAUUGCAUAUAGUUUCGCAUGAUUUUGAAUAUUCCAGGUCUCGUCUGACUUAACUGCGGCCCACCACCCACCUGUUAAGGCUUUGGGUCUAUUGACUAAUCAAACUUGGUUUGACAUGUCGCGUUUUCCCUACCUGCGGCUGUGGGUUACGGCUGGCCGACGGCAAAUAACCUCGAAGUGGUCAUUCUGGUCUCACUUGUCUUUGCCACUCUAUAUGCCUGAGAGGGACUCAGAAAGCUUGACCUGUCCUUCAGCGGCACAUUUCUUAAUGGACCAGGAAAUGUGAAAUGUUGACGCAUUUAUACCCUUGUUGCGACGUGGUAGGGAGGUGGUGUUCUCUCUCCGACUCAUGCCCAUAAUUUAGGGAAUCCAUUCGACCGAUGCUUGCAUUCUCUAUCCAGCCGCUUUAACAUGUUCAGGAGUUUACCCUGCCGAUUAACUCUAGCUUUCGCUCGUGUCUCACACGACGGAGGCAUAUUUUAAUGGAUUACUCUGACAUUUCUGGUCUAUGCAUUUAUCUUUGUUUUUAACAACACUGGCUGCGAAGUAAAUAAUUUUGUUUCUUUUCUACGUGCGCAGAAACGUUGAGUUCGGAAAGCAGGACGUUCGCAACCCUGCGCAAGGAAAUGGAUACCAUGCUUGACGAAUACCACGCGAUUUAAGACCUCGGUUUUCCUUCCGUUUGCUCGUGGGUUUGUGCAUGCCAGCGUCAUGUCGGGGGUCCGCAUCUGCAUGUCAAAACGACCGCGCCUUGACCCUUGGCUACAGCCUUUGCCCCUCCCUUGUUUUUUGAAUUCUACAUCCCUGCACUGUUUGACAUGUCUGUUUGAAGUGAUUGUCUCGCCAGCGCAAGUCCACGCAUAUUCGUGCAUUUUCGAGUACUUUUCACCGACCUUCGGUGUAAUGAUACUGCUCUCUGUCCUAGUCUUGAAUUUUUCCAAGACUAUGGCUUCUUAUUCUUCACCAAACCUUUACCUUCUCUACUUCCGUCAGCAUGUUUUAGAAUAGUACUGAUUUUUCUCCUGAACCAUACCUGCGACCAAAACUAACCAAAUGUCUUCAUGUUUAUUCGACCACGCCGGAAGUAGUCAUUUUUAUCAAUCUCACGUCCCCUACAGCUAGUGUCUGCUUGCCUGACUUAUGUCUUAGUUCUGUUAUCUGGCAACCGGCGCCGAUCUGAUGUUAGUAAUGAUGAAAAUACGUUUCCGCUGGCAUAAUUGUCUAAGGUUGUUCGUAGCAGGGAAUUACCUCUCCUAGCUCCACGUUGAUGACGAAUACCUGUAUGUCAUAAACAAAGAUAGUGCUAGAAAUUGCAGAAUUGCACGUGGACUUAGGCCAGCGAUAACUUACUAGUCGCCCAUCCCUGGUAACUAUCGCAGCUUCAUUGGUUAAUUUAUUCCUCAUUACGAGCAGGCCGGUGAAUCGUCCGUGCCCUUCACGGCGUAAUAGCUCCUGGUUUCAAUCUUCCUUUUUACCGAGUUUGCGCACAUUCCAAUCGGCUACCUUGAUUUUACUAAGUGGAAGCUGUUCCAGAACCCGUAUCGAUUCGUCCGUGAGCUUUUAUGACCUCAGAUAUCGGCGUUUAGUCUCCGCAACGCAAACAUGACGGCGAUUUGAAAGCAUCAGUGAGUAACCACCUCAAUUUUCUGGUGGGCGAUGUCGCACGAAUGAGGCGUCGCGCUUUUGCUCGCCGCAAAAUCCAGCGGUGCUUAAGUAGUGUCCUCAGUGGUUCUCCUUUGUGCCGGCCGGUAGUGAUGGGGUUUCUUCACACGCUGUGGGGCGCCCCAGCCGAUACUUUGUCAGAAUGUCUUUAUGUGAGACAUUAGUAAAGCAGGCGACUAUGCACUCGAGUGGGACUUCCCGUACUUGCCAUCCAUGAGGACCGAACAGCAACGGGUUACUUGUGACGUGAGGCAUACACAUGCGGUGCUUCAUCACGCAUCACGUCUAGGCGUUCGGGCAUAUAUGCUCUGUGUAUAUGGAGUGUCGUUAUACAGGUCCAUUGUACACUGCAUCCUUUGAAAUUUUACUUAAGUGGGCUGGCACCGCCCGCCGGGUAAGUGCCUCAAUUUCAAGGUCUAAGCGUUCUAGUGGUGGAUUGCUGACCGCAAUCCAUGGCAAUUAGCUUCCAAAUCAGAAAUCAAGAAGACGGGAUUGAGAGAACCACCGUAUUGCUUAAGAACCCACGAGUGGGGUCGUAGCAACCACAGGCGGACGUACGGGACGGGUUCGAUCGCCGCCUGAGUCCUGGCCUGUCAGGGUGGUAAGAACCCACAGACAUAUACAAGAACAAUGGGCGUGCUUAAAAGCCUAUACAAAACCAGUCUUCAAAAAUGCGCAAUAAGGUAGGAUGGGUGCAUUCAGUUGUCGAGGAGUGUGCAGAGGACAGGGUGGCGCUCGUGAGCUAAUACACUCACAGUUCCAUGGAAAUGCGCCCGCAAAGGGCACUGAUUGGACUACACACCCUUCCUAUGUUACUGUUUGCUUAAAGCAGUAACAAUUGCGUGCCACGCCGUUGGCACACAAGUGGCCCCUGCAUAUCGCUAUGUGCACAAAGUUUCUGUUACCUGCAACCGGAAUGUCUUUGGAGCCUGCAAGCUACAGUGCGAUCAGUUGUAACCCUCAUUUACUCGACAGUGGAUGGGUUCAUUGUUCAAGGCAGGCUGUUAAUUUGUAAAUUUCGCUCAGUCGGGUUCAGUCAUCUGCGUCUGAAGCCGUCUUCCUAUCCAUCCUUGGCAAGUCGGUACUGAUGCGUACUGUGCGUCCUCCAAGUCAAAAUAGUAGCCUGUCUAGCAGAGGCUAUAUACUACUUCAUUAAACACUUGAUCCGCUGGUGUGUGUGCUAGUCGACAAAAAUAUGACCGGUCAGUGAGUAAUGUCCUGUUUGCGAGUUCUUAUAGGCAUGAAAUUUAAAUUCAAGUGGAACGAGACCCUAGGAGACAGUUGUUACUGAUGCAUUCAAAUUUUAGAUGAACUCCUCUUGGAGAAAGAACGUUACAGGGGCAUCAGCGGAGAAUUGGACACCACCUUUGCCGAGCUUACGGCCUUCUAA